GAAGGGCAAAUCGAUUAGCGCCCACCGGAAUUGAAUAGAAAUAGAAUCAUCGAUUUUCUCUUUCUCUGACUCUAGGGUUUCAUUCUUUUCUUCUGUAGAUCCAUCUAUCUAGCUUCGGAGCUGUAAAUGGACGUCGCUGUCACUGCCUUCCGGUCACCGCUGAUCAUCCUCCGAAGACCGGUCAACGAGUCUGCCUCAGCUCGGUUCGGUUCCACUUUUGGGUUUUCCAGAAAGCAACGGUUCAGUUCAGUAUGUAUCCCCAAACACAAGCACAAGCAAGGUCGUAGAAGAGGGUUUGUAGUUAGAGCUUCUGCAUCCUCAUCUCCGGAGUCGGAUGAUGCCAAGAUUGCUCCUCUUCAGUUUGAAUCCUCAAUUGGGCAGUUCCUUUCUCAGAUUUUGAAAGAUCAUCCGCAUCUUGUGCCUGCUGCCGUUGACCAGCAGCUCCAGCAACUCCAAACUGACCGCGAUGCUCAUCAACAAAACGAACAACCUUCUGCUUCAACCACUGAUUUAGUUUUGUACAGGAGAAUUGCUGAGGUGAAGGCUAAUGAAAGGAGGAAAGCUCUGGAAGAGAUCUUGUAUGCAUUGGUAGUGCAGAAGUUCAUGGAUGCUAAUAUUUCUUUGAUACCCUCUGUAACCCCAGAUCUUUCUGGUAAGGUUGAUUUGUGGCCAAAUGAAGAUGGUAAACUUGAGCUGCUUCACUCACACGAAGCAUAUGAGAUGAUUCAAAACCACCUGGCUCUCAUUCUCGGUAACAGAGCUGGAGAUUUAACAUCAAUAGCUGAAAUCAGCAAAUUCAGGGUAGGGCAGGUCUACGCAGCAUCAGUGAUGUAUGGUUAUUUUCUUAGACGAGUUGACCAAAGGUUCCAGUUGGAGAAGACAAUGAAAGUUCUUCCAAAUGCAACAGAAAAAGAGAAUAGUGCUCAUCAAACUACAAUGGACAAUGCAAGACCCAGUAUUGAAGAGGACACUUCUCAAGUGAUGUCUCAUCCUGAAGUAUCUACCUGGCCUGGUGGUGAUGUCCGUCCCGGUGGAUUUGGCUAUGGUGUAAAGGCAACCAGGUUGCGUAACUACGUGAUGUCCUUUGAUGGUGAUACACUACAAAGAUAUGCAACAAUUAGAUCCAAAGAGGCUGUCAGCAUCAUCGAGAAGCACACAGAAGCAUUGUUUGGAAGACCUGAAAUUGUUGUAACACCUGAGGGGGCAGUCUCUAAGGAUGAAAACAUCAAAAUUAGCUUUGGUGGUUUAAAGAAGCUUGUUUUAGAGGCUGUGACUUUUGGUUCUUUUCUCUGGGAUGUUGAGAGCUAUGUGGACUCAAGGUACCAUUUUGUGUUGAACUGAGUAAAUCUUUAUAUGUGUAUCCUUUUUAGAUCCCACCAGGUGGGAGGGAACCUCGUGCAUUCAGUUGUCCUUUUGAGUUCUGUUUGCUCUCAUACAUCACAAGGCAUAGUUUAUAGUGUGUUGGUACUGACUGAUGGAGUAUAUUUGAAUGUAACUUCGGUGUUAAAAGUCCAAAUAUUGUUUCACUAAUUAAUAUGUAUAUACUGUAGUGAUAGUGGCUCUGGAUUUCACUAAUAAAGGGAAGCUUAUUUUCUAGUUA